ACUUUGUCAUCCAGGGCCCAGCAAACACGGAUGGGAGUGCGUAAGCUGUGAGCAGGCACAGAGGCAGGGGACUCUCCUCGCACACAAGCAGGCCCACAACUCUCCAACGCUGAGCCACAAAAGCCAGGGCGUGUAUUCCAUUCAGCCGCUGAACCGGCCCCAUCCCAAGGCUAACCCUGCGGGCACAGCUUCUCUGCCUACUUGCCGUGAGGAAGUUCACUCUCCGUGGAGGGCUGCACAGUGCCCACCACAAUCUUUCAGGCCUGUGGGAGCCAAGGAGAGAAGGGGAAAUUGGUGGGCACAGGCAAGGACAAAUGUUACCUGCCUUUCCAUCACCUGCCCUACAGUCAGCAGAUGUUCAAAAAUGACACUACUGAGUCCCACACCACUAACCUGCCAGGGACCAGGCUCCAAGAGCGCCCGGGGCUCUGCAGAGACCAGGGGCAGGUUUCAACCCAGGGCCCUUCGCAGCUUCUGGAUCCCAUGGCAGUCUGCAGCUACCACUACGUUAACGGUACUUUAACAGCCCUGUUUAUUCAGCUGGAGAAAAGAAACUGGAUUACGGCCUUCCAGAGGUCAAGUGUUCCUUCAGGACUCUGCUCAAAUCACCUUUCCGAAGGAAGCUAAGCCUUCUUAUGCCCAUCACAUCUAUGCCGACAGGAUUACCUAAUCCUGAACUACCAGAACACAACAGGGGAGCAACAAAACACACAAACUAAGAAUAACAUGAAAAGGAAACCCGCUCCCAACGGUCAGCUUGUACCUGGCUUUGACACAAGUUAUGCCAAUCCUGGGUAGGAGACAGUUUUGUAGCUGUGGCACAAACUACACCAGCCUCCAACUCAAGCAUAUCAAUGGUUCAGGCCAUGCAGCAUCCAUCCCAGGACAGGAGUCAUGAAGCUGCUUCACUAGAACAAGGCUCCAAAGACAUGUUCUGCAAAGGGCCAUACAGUGAAUAUUUUAGCCCAGUGGUUCUUACCAGGGACAGUUUUGUCCUCCAGGAGACACUUGUGGUUGUCACAAGUGAGGGGUGCUAUUGGCAUCUAGUGAGUGGAGGCCAGGGAUGCCGCUAAACACUCUACAAUGCUCAGAACGGCUUCUCCCUCUGCACACACAGCAGUGAUCCGACCCAAAAGGCCAACUGUGCCAAGAUUGAGAGACCCUGUACACUGCAGGCCACAUUCGCUUUCUGUCACAUUCUUCUUUGUUUUUACAACCCUUUGAAAAUGGAAAAGUUAUUCUUAGCUGAUGGGCAGCACAGGAACAGACCCCAGGCCACAGACUGCUGACCCCUGCUCUGCAGAUCAGCAAGGCCCACAAGGACUCUGAUGUCACACAAACUGCUUGGUAGGUCCUCAACACUGGUCCACCUGGGUUGUCUUCACCCUGGCUCCCUAGGCAGGAAGCAGGGAUUCUCCAAGGGAACUGGCCCCCAUCCACCCAGUAUGCUCUAGCCAAGUUCCAGCACCCCCCCUCACAACCUCAGCUCUGUAACCAGCUACACCACACAGCAGGGAGCGUCUCAGCAUUCAUCUCAUUUCACCCUCAAAAGGUCAGGCAACCACUGUGCAUUUCAGCAAAACAUUCUCUUAUUUUAUUUUUAUCUCAGCAAAUGUUCUCAUUUGGCACCUGACUGGCAUCAAACCAAAGCCCUUAGGCCAACAGGCGUGGCCUGAGACCAUCUGCAAACUUCCCACGUGUAGGUCUCAAUGGCUAUGCGCGUCAGAGCACCUGUUCCUCUCUCUGGUCCCUUAGGGCGGCCUAAAGGUCUCAGGUGCACUAACAGUGCCGGCCGUGAGGUGGUGGAAAAGUCGUGACACUGCAAUCUGCUGGGAUAGGUAGACAAGCAGCGCGUUGAAAGCAGGUUCUUUUCUCAGGCGACAGAUAUCCAGAUAGGGUCCCGAUCAUGCUUAUUCAACAUACUCCUGUCUGCCUGGGCUGGAAUGAAGAAAGAGCCAUCCUCCCCAGCGCAACUGGGGAGGAGACACAAGCUGGUUUACACUUUUUAGAGCUCAAGCAUCUAAGGAAAUCUUGUCUGGGCAGAUGGGGCAGUAAGCUCUCAGGUCAGCACUGCUGGCCAGGGGAGAUCCGAGUCCGGCUUUGCAGCCUUUGCACAGUGGGUACUUUCCCAGGAGCCAUGAAAAUACUCAGAGCCCAUCAGGACAUUUUACUUAUAUGCCGUUUCCAACUGUCAGAGGAGUUCAGGACUGUCUGGCCUUCUCAGGAUCCUUCUCAGGAUCUCAAUUCAAGAUUAGCUAUUCAAAGGAUGAAAUAAGAGGGAAUACGUUUUAAGAAUCAAGGCUGCUCUUUUUAGCCCUGCUGAGGGAACCAUUUCAGAGAUGACUGAUAGAAAGCUGGGCACCCAGCAGGGCACAAGCUGGCUUUCAGACCCAGACUUCUCCUCCGGUGCGGCGGAAGUGGGACCUCAGCCUGGGGUCCCGCAUUCUAGCUUAUCUUCUGCGAGGCUAGUUGACCCGGCAGGCACGGAUCAUGAGCAGCUGCAGGAGAAUGAAGACCGGAGACGUGAUCAGGCCAAACCAGAGCUCCCGAGUCUGCUCCACCAGCUUCUGGCACAACAACAUCUCGAAGACGAACUUCAGGCCAAGAACCGUGAGGACCCAGAAAAGGCGGAGCACAGCCAGCCGCUUCUCUCCAUCCUGGAAGAGGCGCACGGAGACGAUAGUGGUGAAGUAGGUGCUGAGCCCGUCAGCGGCGAAGAAGGGCACGAACACGUUCCACCAGGAGAGGCCGGGAGCCAGGCCGUCCACACGCAGGGCCAGCAGCACGGAGAACACCAGCAGGGCCAACAGGUGCACGAAGAUCUCGAAAGUAGCGAAGCCCAGCCACUGCACCAGCUCCCGGAGCGAGAAAAGCAUCGCGCCGGUUGAGCGCGGGCCAGGGCCCGGCCGAUGGUGCCACCCGCCAGGCUGCGCCGCCACUCCCCACGGGCCUCGCUGGCGCCUGCCGCCGUCGCCGCCGCGGCCAGCGAGAGGCAGAAAGCGACCCCGCCUGCCCCGGCCCUCGGCCCCGGUAUGCAGCCAAUCCCCCGGCCCCCGCCCCGGACCCAGCACUGGCCGCCAGCCGACGACCGCCUUGUUCGGACGCCAUGCCCCGCCGGGCGCGGCCCAAGGGCGUCACUUCCGGCCGACGCCGGAAGUCGGAAGUCCGAGCCGAUCCCGGCCGCCCGGGCCAGCGGGAGCUGCCUGCCGGUCCAGUUUCUGAAUGCAGGGGACCCCGGGGCGCACCCCGAUGCCGAACACGCGGCUUCUGGUGCUCUUCGGCAGCCAGACAGGCACAGCCGAAGAUGUGUCGGAGAGGCUGAGGCGCGAGGCCCGGCGCAGGGAGCUUGGCUGCCGGGUGCAGGCCCUGGACUCCUACCCCGUGGCCAAGGAGAGCCCCCGGACAACAUGAAGAGCUUCUGGAGGUUCAUCUUCCGGAGGAACCUGCCAUCGACCUCCCUCUGUCAGAUGGACUUUGCCGUCCUGGGCCUUGGGGACUCAUCUUACGCCAAGUUCAACUUUGUGGCCAAGAAGCUGCACCGACGGCUGCUGCAGCUCGGGGGCAGCGCCCUCCUGCCCGUGUGCCUGGGCGAUGACCAGCACGAGCUGGGGCCCGACGCCACCAUCGACCCCUGGCUGCACGACCUGUGGGAGAAGGUGCUGGGGCCGCACCCUUUGCCCCUUGACCUCGGCCUGAGCCCGCCCGGAAUCCCCUGGCCCUCCAAGUUCACCCUGAAGUUCCUCCAGGAGGUCCCCAGCACGUGCUCUGAGGAGCUGUGUGUGGCCGGGACAGACCCUCAGGGACCCCCUUCAGAGUUACAGCCCUUCCUGGCACCCAUGGUCACCAAUCAGAGGGUCACCGGCCCCUCACACUUCCAGGAUGUUCGGCUGAUUGAGUUCGACAUCACGGGCUCUGGGGUCAGCUUUGUGGCCGGCGACGUGGUGCUGAUACAGCCCGAGAACACGGCCAGGCACGUCCAGCAGUUCUGUCAGGCACUGGGCCUGGACCCUGACCAGCACUUCACGCUGCAGCCCCGGGAGCCGGGUGUCCCCUGCCCCGCGCGGCUGCCCCAGCCCUGCUCCAUUCAGCGCCUCGUGUCCCAGUACCUGGACAUCGCCAGCGUCCCCCGCCGCUCCUUCUUUGAGCUCUUGGCCUGCCUCUCCUGCCAUGAGCUCGAGCGGGAGAAGCUGCUGGAGUUCAGCUCGGCCCAGGGCCAGGAGGAGCUGUGCGAGUACUGCACCCGGCCCCGCAGGACGGUCCUGGAGGUGCUGUGCGACUUCCCACACACGGCUGGCGCCAUCCCCCCGGACUACCUGUUGGACCUUAUCCCCCUGAUCCGGCCGCGGGCCUUCUCCAUCGCCUCUUCUCUGCUGGCCCAUCCCUCGAGGCUGCAGAUUCUCGUGGCAGUGGUGCAGUACCAGACGCGCCUCAAGGAGCCCCGCCGGGGCCUCUGUUCCAACUGGCUGGCGUCUCUGGACCCUGGGCAAGGACCUGUUCGGGUGCCCCUGUGGGUGCGGUCCGGGGGCCUGACGUUCCCAAAGACACCAGACACGCCUGUGAUCAUGGUGGGGCCAGGCACUGGCGUGGCCCCCUUCCGAGCGGCCAUCCAGGAGCGAGUGGCCCAGGGUGAGACCGGAAACGUCUUGUUCUUCGGCUGCCGCCAGCGGGACCAGGACUUCUACUGGGAGGCCGAGUGGAAGGAGCUGCAGACGCGGGGCUGCCUGACUCUCGUCACGGCCUUCUCCCGGGAACAGGAGCAGAAGGUGUACGUGCAGCACCGGCUCCGGGAGCUCGGGCCGCUGGUGUGGGGGCUGCUGGAUCUCCGGGGCGCUCACUUCUACCUGGCGGGCAACGCCAAGUACAUGCCAGCUGAUGUGUCGGACGCCCUGACGUCCAUCUUCCAGGAGGAGGGCGGGCUCUCCGGCCCCGCCGCGGCCGCCUACCUCGCCAGGCUCCAGCGGACCCUGCGUUUCCAGACCGAGACGUGGGCCUGAGGAGCCGUCCUGCUGUUGGCCACGGCCACUCUGACUUCUGCUCUCUGGAGACCAUUGUUACCUCUCUCCCUGUCCAGUCCCAGCUGGGAGGACAGUCAGCUCUCCUUCCUGCACAGACCCCGAGCAGCGGGAGGAGACCCCCAGGCAGCCCACACCGUACAGCCUGAGCAAUAAAGGAUGGGCUCUGGGCGGCCGCUUCUUA